AUGCCACACUCUGCCGCCGACAGAAACCUCUGGCUGGCCUAUGCCAACGCAGUCAAGGAGGCCAUCCAGUUUGAGCCAACACAUGGUACUGCCCUGUACCUCUCCAGCAAGGCCCAGAAAGGUCCCUUUGCUUCGCCACGGAUACCUCUGGAAUAUACCAAUGCCGGCAUCUAUGAAGCUGCGAAUAAUCAUCUGCGAACAGGAGACCUUUUCUAUCACCCAGAUUCUCGAGAUUCUUAUGUGAAGUCUCUCAGGACAUUUCUCCAAUCAGUUGAUGCCGGUGCCAGGGGUGAUGUUCACAUCAGCAUCGAGAGCUGUAUUAGGGAGCUCGAGGAUAGCCUUGAGAUCUAUGAGAAAUCCGCGGACAAGGCUCGCCGAACAUUCAAAAAGCACUCGGAUGUGGGCAUGACUGGUGACAUGACCUUUUCGCAAUGGCACCAGACUAAUGCGCCGGCGUUUUGCAACUCUAUUCGAGAUGUUGAGGUUGCAUCUGAUGCUCUUCUAGCUGCAGGAAGCGUGCUCAUCGGACCGCGAGCGCAGAAGUGGAAUCAAGACUUGAGAAAGCUCCUGCAUGCAAUGAUGUCAGAGCAAGAGAUACCAGGGAUGACAAUGCCGAUUGAUAUGGACUUUACCCUCAGAUCAAGCGAGAAAGCUCAGAAACUGCUCAACAAAAUCAAAUUGCGCAAGAAGGCAAGUCCGUCAAAAGUCGUGGCUUGCGUUCCUGCGUUCUAUUGCCCCGACUAUGAGAACGUGGUCAGGGAUUGGAUCGGCGCGGGCCGUCGCGAUGAACCGGGUGAUAGGUUAUACGUCCGUUACGCAGAAGGAGAAAUAGCCGACGAGGGUGGGUUCGGACAUGAACAGCAGGGCGACAGUUUCAAAUUCACCUACCCGCCUUGGCUCUCAUUCUAUGUCGACGGACACGAGUUGCCUUUCAAGGCCGUCAUGCAGGACAGCGAUGUGGACAUUACCAUAUCUUUCGACAACCUGAGAAUCGUUAAAGUUGCCCCUGGCGCAUGGAAUUUAGACAGCCUAAGUUCAUCAUAUCCUCGGAUGAAGGCAGGCCUUUCUACGGACACAAAUAAGAUCGCACAGCCUCACAGACUCGUUGUGAUCAAUAAUCUGGUCUUGAGGAUUUCUUUCAGCGGUCGAGUCGUUGCAGAGGUUGCAAAGCAGCUGAAAAGGAUACAGUACUACGGGGGAUUUCUGAAUGUCUUGGGAGUCUCUGCAGCAAUAGACCAAGACAGGAGCACUGAUCAGACAUCACAUACAGCCACGUGGAAUGCUGAAGAUGGUGUGCUUGAGGUCAUUCCAACCGUCGAUGGAGGCUUCGCAACAUUCAUUGGGACGAUUGGCAAAGCGCUUUGA